AUGAGCAAUUGGCCUGUGGGAGAGGAUCUAGAUGAAAUCGCGGACACUGUGGAAGAAACACCAUUAGCUUUGAGGAAAUCAUUCCAAGUUCGAGCUGUUGUUCGAAAGACACUAAGUUAUCAAAAGAGACAAUGGUUUACAAAUAUCGUUUGUGUCUCUGCUUGUCCUAUGAUGAUGAUUCUCGUAUCUGCCAUGCUGGCCUCAUAUUUAAAUGGUUUAUUGAAAGCUGCUCUUGACAAUGAUGUCUUAUUAUUAUGCUCAAAUGUGCCUUCCAUGACAGAAGACAACUUCCCAUAUAUCAAUCCUCGAGAUGAGAAUGUACCGAUAUUACCUCCCGAAUCAGCCCCAGGUGCCAAGUCGCCUGUCAAACACGUAAAUUUCCAAAUCGAAACAACCGAAUUUACUUCCGGUAUUGGACUCCCGCAGCCGUGUGUAUAUUGGUUUGGUGGAAACUAUCCUUACUCGGAGCCAUACGCAAGGAAACCAGAUUUGGCCUUUGGGUUUUCUGAUAGAGACACGACAUUCAUACCACAACCCAUCAACGGUUGGUUUGGCACCUUCACAUCAGCUAUAGUACAAUAUCUUAUAGAAACUCAAGUCCGACCUUGGUUCUUCUAUGAUUACUCAGACGAAUUCAAUCCUCAGUGGUUGGGUAAACGUGUAGAAGCAGAUCCGAUAUCUCCCUUCAAGAUACCCAGUCAACGGUUUAGAUUUGCAAACCAGAGUACUGGUAUUCUAGAUACCAUCGAAACUCGGUAUUACGUUGAAGCGGAUCUUCUGAAUGGAUCUAUUCCUACUGGCGAUGACGAUGGUGGUGGAUUGUGGAGUCGUGAUGAUCCUGGUGAAAAGUAUAAGGUCUUUAAAGCAGUCCCAUUCUUUGAAAAGAGCAAAGUUGCCACGUUGGACGUCAUGAUUGCGGACAGGAUUCAAAAAUUACUUGCCGAACUGGCCAAGAUUGAUAAGCACAUUUUAUUCAACACUCAGCCAAGUCAGUCUGAAGUUGCUCAGUAUCUGAUAAAUGUAUCGGCGAUAACAAAGGACAUGCCAUUUGGAGGUAUCCACUUUGAGGCAGUCGAUCAGAUCGAUUCGACGCGUCUCUUCUACAACUAUACUCUAUAUAUUGGAAAGGAUCGUCGUCUAUCGGCAGCCUUCGGAUAUCCAAGACCAGGGUUUCGGCAAUUUGUGACGCAGGCUGAAAUGUCGAAUGCUAUUUUACGAUUCAGUAAUCCCAAACUUGGAGCGCAUUCAAUCACUCAAGGUGUCAGGGCAUUCCCUCAACUGGUGGAAACUCGAAUCAACUUGCCAUUUGGAACAGUCCUAGGACGGCUCUUGUAUCCGUUUGGAGUGUCGUUUCUGCUGCCAAUUUUUGUCAUUACGUUGGUUCGAGAGAAAGAAGAACGGAUUCUCAUGAUGAUGCGCAUGAAUGGGUUAAAAAUGUGGAUCUACUACUUUGCUCAUUAUCUGCAUUUCUAUUCUCUCCAUACUAUCUCCAGCUUGGUGUUUAUCAUUGCUGGCAAAAUCUCAGGAACAGAGUUCUUUAGUCUCACAAGUUGGUGGGCUCUACUGGUGGUCUUCUUUGUAUGGGGGUUUGCACAGGUUGCUUGUGCCUUCUUGUUGUCUGCUUUCUUCAACAGGAGUCGGAUUGCUUUAGUGUUGACAUUCUUGAUUGUCGUUUGCGGGGUCAUGGUCUCUAUCGCUACUUAUCAGAUUGCUCUUGAUGGUCCUCCGCCAGGAUAUCUGCUGUGGCCUCCAUUUGCAUUCUAUUGGCUAUUGGCUUCCAUGAAUGAGGCUUCUAUGUCACCGACGAGAACAACGGCAUACACACUUGGGAUGAUUCGGCCUGGUGAUCCAGUAUUUACUUGUCUCAUGUAUUUGGUGGUGGAAUCUGUCAUAUUUCUCGCAUUGGCAGCAUAUCUUCAGCUAGUUUUGCCAAGUGAAUUUGGUGUGCAAAAGUCGUGGAAAUUUCCAUAUGACGACUUUUGUAAAUGGUUGAAACGUAGAAGACGUCGUCGUAACAAGGGCAAGGAGCCACUCGCAUCAGGAGAACGCUCCUCUUCAGUAACAUCAAUGAAUGCAUUCACACCGACGCAGUCGCUCAUAGAUCUUGGAAACAUGGAAGACGAAUCAGUGAGAAUUGAACGGGCUCGUGUCUUGAAUGGAUUGUUUGAUCCAACAUCUCCUAUCGUCAUGGCCGGUAUGCGAAAAGUAUACCCAGCUACUGAUGGUAGAGUGCCCAAGAUUGCUGUUGCGGAUGUCACUUUUGCUGUUGAAGAAGGAACCUGUUUUGGAUUGCUGGGACAAAAUGGAGCAGGUAAAACAUCGCUCAUCUCCAUCUUGACUGGCUUGCGAGAUGCUACAUCAGGAAGAGCAUCUAUUGCUGGAUUCGACAUAUCUACGCAGAUGAAAUACUGCUUCAGGUCUAUGGGCAUAUGUCCUCAACAUGACAUCUUAUGGGAGGACUUGUCCUGCAAAGAACAUCUGAUGUUUUAUGCUCGACUGAAGGGAGUUCCACCAGAAAAAGAAGCAGAGACAGUAUUAGCGUCUCUGAAAAAGGUGAAACUCGAAUCACAAGCCAAUAAACUAAGUCAAAAACUGUCUGGUGGUGAACGACGAAGACUCAGUCUUGCUAUCUCAUUGGUUGGAGAUCCUGGAGUCGUGUUUCUGGACGAGCCCAGUACUGGUCUUGAUGUUGACGCGAAGCGAGGGCUCUGGGAAAUCAUAGAUCAAGCUCGGAGUGGCAGGACCAUAGUGCUGACCACACACAGUAUGGAAGAAGCCGAGGUGUUGUGCCAAAGAAUUGGCAUCAUGACUUCAGGCAUCUUGAGGUGUAUUGGUACACCAGCAGAACUGAAGAAACGUUAUGGUGCUGGAUUCCGGUUACAAUUUACAUCGAAUGCUGGACAAGGAAUGAGACGUGCCAAAAGAUUUGUGGAAUCUAUACUACCAGCAGGCUUCUCAAUUAGUGAAUCAUUUACAACGAGUGCAGUAUACGAGUUUCCUACUGAAAAAGUUGGUGUUUUGGGCCGUAUAUUCUCAGAAUUGGAGGCUGGAGCUUCUUCGAAUGCAGUAUUGGAAUGGGGAAUAUCUCAGACAACGUUGGACGAGGUGUUUACGCGGGUGACGUUUGAAGAUCAAUGUGAUUGA